ACCGUCUGCCAAAAAUGGCGGAAGAGGCCGCUAAAAACAUCACAAUAAUUUUUGCCGCGCGGCUUCCUUCCUUCCCCAUAAAAUCGUGACCAACGACAUGUAACAGGCGUGGAGGGAAACCUGGAUCUCAACGAUGUCUUCCGAUCCUUCAGUAAAGCCGAGAUCGUCGCGAACGCGGCGCGCGAAAAUGGUCCUGUCGUCUGAACUGAUGACCGCCGCCGGUGGCGAUGACGAUAUCACGUCAAAGUUACGGAGGGAGGCCGGAUCGCCGAUCAGACAGAUUGAGACAGAAGCAGCUGUCAUCACAUUCUCCAUGGGCCAGCAAGAUGGAGAAUCAUCAGAUGAAGAAAACCCAACAUUUGUUCAGGCAAGGCUGGCCUCAACACCAGUGUUACAGAGUGUUUCUCCAUCCAGUAAGGCUCUUCAAGAUAUCUGUGAAGAGAAUGGGAUAUCUAGUAGCCAGGAGAUGGCAAGAACAGUAGAAAAUGGUGCAGAAAGAGGGGAGGAAGACCCUAAAAAUCUUACAAAUGACAGUGUACAUGAAUCUUCUCCAAAUGCUUUUAUGUCAGAAGUUUCAGAACAGCAAAAACCUGGAAGACCCAGUGAUGUUCUUGUUGUCCGCUCAAAGCAGAGGAGGGCUGUUGCGAGUAGCCCUGUGGACAGUGGGAUUUCAGAUGAGGUGUUGUCGACAGACGCCCUUCAGGGAGAGGGCUCCGGGAGGUUUAAUCCGUUUGACCGUGACAUUGUUAUCGAUGAAGACAGGUUUGCCAACACCCCUCCAGAAAACUCUCCCAUUGCAAAAGAACUCAGAGCCAACAGCGGCAGUUCGGGGUCCCACGGCCCCGUGUCGAAAUCCGACCGAACCUCGUCCAAGUCCAGCGAUGACAGCGAAUCGUGGCCCGAGUCAUACACCACACACGACACAGACAUUGACGAGGAGCUGGCAAACGCUGCCCUGGGUCUGACCGAGGAUCACUUCUCCCGACCUGACGGCUACUUUGGCAUGUCCAGGGUGGAAGAACUGGAGCAGUCCAUUGAGAACUGCAAGGAUCUGAUCUUAGCAGAGCCUCCUCACAGCGACAAACGACGCAGUCUUAUAAGGAAGAUCACGCAGCUGCGCCUAAAUCUGGUAGAAAUAGAAGACAGCAAAGUGGAGGAGGAACCAAACGUAAAGGUUAUCCUGGGACACAAGUUUAAGAAGAGGCAGGGGAAGAGUGUGAAGUACAGCUGUGAACAGUGCAAUAACCUGAUCUGGGGCAUGCUGCAGACCUGGUACGGGUGUAAGGGCUGCGGCUGCCACUGCCAUGGCAAGUGUCUGAACCAGCUGACCAGGGUGUGUGCAGGAACCAAGCUGGGGUCCUCACAGCUGAUACUGCAGAUCUGUCCUGAAGUGGGCAUCUCCAGGCAAAAGUACAGAUGUGGAGACUGCAGAGUGCAGUUGUACCGUGACACAGAGAUGCGACAGUGUGACUACACGGGACAGUACUACUGCACAUCCUGUCACUGGAACGACACGGCAGUCAUCCCUGCACGCGCCAUGCACAACUGGGACUUCCAGCCAUGCAAGGUUGCGAGGCAGUCAAAGCAGUACCUGCAGUUGGUGUUCUACAAGCCCCUGCUGAACCCUCAGGAGUCCAACCCUCAGCUGUUCAGCCGUGUGGAGGAGCUGGACCAUGUCAGGAAGCUGCGCAGGGAGAUCCUACUCAUGAAGAACUACUUCAUCUCAUGUCGCGUCGCCCUGGAGCAGAAACUGCUCCUCCAGCUGAAGGAGAGGCAGCACUUCGUGGAGACAUCCGACAUGUACUCGCUGAAUGACUUGUGUGAGACGGAGAGUGGAAACCUUUUAGACGAGCUUACGAACAUCCACGUAGGCUACGCGCACCACAUCAAGUUGGACUGCCCGACAUGCCAGGGGAAGGGGUUUAUUUGUGAGUUGUGUGAGGACUCAGACGUGCUGUUCCCCUUUGAUGUCAGCGUGCACGUGUGUGACAAGUGCUCGACCGUGUACCACAGGGACUGCUUCCCCAGUGAGAAGGAUUCCUGCCCAAAGUGUCAACGAAUUUCACAAAGAACUGUUUGAAAAUUUUUACUGAUAUCAUGUCAUGACCUGUGUCAUAAGUAAAUUGAGGAAAAAAGAGGUGGCUUCUCAAUGCCAGUUUUUAAAAAGUUGCACCAUUUUCUUUUUCCUUAUUUUAAUGUUGUCUCUUUUCAGUCUUUCGUUUCCAUGCAAAUUCCUCUGCAUUUAAGAAACAAACAAUCAAGCAGGUACUGAAUUGAAUUAGGAGUAUUUUGCACAUUGUCUCCAGAUGUACACAUGUAUGUACCUUGCUGAUCAUUAUGAUUGUGAACUGGUAGCCAUUGUCAGCCUUGUUGCACCUAUGAACAUACAUGUAUGUAUCAUGUACAAUGUUAGAUAGGAUAGAAUUUUGAGUGUGCAGAGAACCAGGUGUAAAAAUGUUGAUUGAAACUUAAAUUUCAUUUUAUUUGGUUAGGUUCUAGUGAGAAAUUUUAUAAUCAACAAAUUAAAGUACAAAAUGUACAUGCUGGCACAAUUUUAUGGAAAAUGCUCACAAUGUUUAACAAGAAGAAGAAGGCUAGGAAGUGAAAUUGAAGUCUUUAUAUAUUGUGUGGGAAUAAACAAUUGUGUGAUGACUAGUCAUCUGUGAAUAAUUUUUAUAAAAUGUCAAUGAUAAAUUUUCUGUACCUAGACCAUGUCAGAGUUGAUAAUAUGAUCAUCAGGUCGAAAAAAAACCUUGUGGAAAAAGUAAUGCUCAAUAGCUUGCAGCCUUGCACUAUUGCUAUUGUGAACUGUAUGCCUUCACUGUGCCUCAUGAUUAUAUUGUACCAGUUAACUUGUUACCAUUGCAGUUGCCUUAUAUGCAAUUAUUUAUGACUUAAUGGGGAAAGCUUUGCAGAUGCAGACUUGUGUUUUAGUUGUAUAAAUUUGCCAUUUUAGUGCAAUUUGUUUUGAUAUUAAUACAUGUACAAAUGUACAUGUUACGGAGAUAACAGAUGAGCUGACAUGCUGUACAGAGCAUGUUUAAAUAUUCUCAUGUCUGUAAUAUGUGGCAUCAUAUAUGGUUAAUAUCCUCUCUUAUGAUAGCUAAUCUAAAAGAUGAAUGUACGUAUCGGCUCAAUAAUGAAAAAUGGUCUUGCCACGUUGACUCUGAGUUUAUUGAUCGGCUUCCAUAAUGAAAAAUUGCAAUGAAAGAAAUGGUCUUCCGAUGUUUGUUGUACUGUAUUGAUUUUUACUGUCCCUCCAUUAAGGUCAUACAUGUUUAUAUAGAGAGUCCUAUGUUUCUGUUGUGAAAGAAAUACUAUGUUGACUUCUUAGAUUCAUUCUAUCAGAUUCCUUUGUUUUAUUAUUCGGAAUCAACAAAAUGUAUGCCACAAAAAUUUCAUUGUAUUUUUAUUUUAUUUUGAGACAAUCAUUUUAUGAUGGGAAAAAGAAUUCAAUUUGGUAGAUAUGAUUCAUAUCUAUUUAUUGCUCUAGCUAAAAGCUCUAUCCUAUGUUAGUAUCAAGAGGGAAAAUUCACAUGUCAGAUGGUUUGAUCCUG